AUGCCGAAAAAAUCGAGAAAACGAAAGUUAGCGAAGAAUGAGGUGAGCUUCCAAAUCUUUGAAAAACAAAACACAUUUGUUGCUUUUUCAGAGUUCUGGUGAUGAGAAUCAAACUAGUUGGUUCGAUUUACCGUUGGAAAUGAGAGAGCUGACUAUAAACGAAAUGGAUAUCAGAACUCGGUGUAAAUUUGCGCAAUGUUCGACAAAAUGUGAAGAUGAAGUGAAAACAUCAAAGGACUUCGUGACAGCGAUCAAAAUAGGCAGAUGCCAACAUCCACAAAUUCAUAUCGGACUCGGUCGAACACAUUAUCAUUAUUGUUUGGAAUUUAUCGAUAUUCAUGAGUUAACUGAACCUCAGAUAAUUGUCGUUUAUAAAACGUAGGUUAUUUUUAGAAUACAGGGUGACAACAAAUUAUAGCGACAAAAGUAUAUGCUGAUCUGACAGUAAUCACGCAGCAAUUUUUUAUGAUUUCAUUGCUCAAAUUUUCUCAAAAACCAUCAUUUUAAAGUUCCUAAUUAGUAUACUGACUUGUUUUUGAUUAUGAACACAAAAAAUUUCACAAAGUUGGAAAACGAUGGUUUUCAAAUUUUCGCUUUUUGACGAUUUUUUAAAUUUUCGAUAUUUUAUCAGCUAAUUGUUUCAUGUCUGUAAGUAAUAUUUCAUAACUAUAGUUUUUAGUUUAGGUAAAGUAAGUAUUGGAGAAGGUUCAGCACAAAUAUUAUUACAGCUACCCGACUUUCAGACUUUUUUAGAUGUGGUUAUAUUGAACCACCACUUGCGAGUAUCACAAUUUCAUUUUUCGAUAAAAUUGAAAGCUGGGGAAACAAUUCCAAUAUUUGUAAGUAUGAAUGAUUACAAAUAGUCUGAAUAAUAUCAAAAAUUGUCGAAAAAAAUUUUGAGCAUAAAUCCUCUUCAUUAAUUAGAGUAAUUAACGGAUAAUCAGAGUCAACUGAUGAAUUUCGAGAAAUCAUGAUUUUUGGAAAAGUUGCAUUUCUUUCAAAAUUUAUGUUUGAAAAUAAUAUUCGUGAUAUAAAAACAUUCACUAAACACCUUUGGAACAAUUUGAAACAUCAACAUCGUUGAAAAAAAAUUAUUGGGACGUUUUUUAAUUUUGACUUGAUUUGAAAAUUCACAAAAUUCCGAAAAUUCAUGAUAAUUGAACCCCGGUGGAUUACUCAUUUGAACAUCAGAAAUUGUUAUAACUGUGAAACAGUGUGUAUUAUGAUCUAGAAAAACUAUUUUGAGCAAUAAAUAUAAAAUUUAUCAGCCAGGGAAAAUUUUUGUUGAACAAAGUAUCUAGCGAGUACGGAAAUAUUUUUCAAAACUCUUCAAAGGUCAGAAAAAAUAUUGUGAACCUUCCGAGAACUCUUGAUAUUUUUUCUGCGUAGUCCUGGAUAGUCAGGAAAGUCUCAAAAAAAUUUUCAUAGAGAUCGGUUAAGUACGACAGUCACCAGAGUUAGUGGAAUUUGUCGCUAUAAUUUGUUGUCACCCUGUAAUUUUCAACACGGGUUAUUUAUUCGAGUCUCGAAUUUCGAGGUUUUUAAAAACUAUGUUUUCUAAUAGAAUUUUCUCCUAACAACUUUCUUCUUUUUUACUAGAAUUAAAAAAAAAGUCGUACAAACAUUAUAUUUAUCUAAUUUAUUUAUUUGUUUCGUAAAUUUCUAAUUUUCAGAGUCUUUCGACAUUCUGAUUUCUUCAAGAAUAAUGGUAAUCACAAAAAAGAUGUGAAAUGGAUGAAAAUGGAAAGUGGAAAAGCUGAAGAAGUUAGAAUGAAAUAUUUGAAUGAUUUCGUUGAAAAUUAUCGGAAAACAAUUGACACAUUCGAAAUAAACGUAUGCUUUUUUUUGUUAAUAACCUUCAAAUAAAUGUUUUUAGGAUCAUAAAUAUUCAAAAUCAAAUUUCGAUGUGAAACGAUUGGCGAAUUUGAAGCGUGUUGAAAGUAGUUCAGAAGAUAUCAGAGAAAAAGGAAUAAUGGAAUUAUCACAAAUUAAUAAAAUUGAUAUGUGCCUUUUGGACAGCACAAAAUUUACAUUUGAAGAAGUGCUAGAUUUCGAAGGAUCAUUUUAUCAAAUUGAAUCGGAUGAUUUCGACGAAGAAAAUAUUGAGAUUUAUUUGAAGAUGUGGAAAAAUGGAGAAAUUCAUAGAAACAUGGAAUUCCUCAAUGUUAGUUCAACUACUCCGCGAAACGAUUUGAAUUGUGAAAGACUUGCAAAAAGUGUUGAUGGUUUUGAUUUUUAUGAUGAAGGUGACGAUAUGUGAGUUUUUAUUUUCGAAAUUCACAGUAUUUCAAAUUUUAUUUUCAAAGGUUUACUUUUCGUUUUCUUUUAAAUUAUGAAAGAAAAUCAAAAAGUUAUUGCGAAGUUAACUAUUCUUCACACUAUUUUACUGUUCAAAUUGAAUCAAACGGUUACGACGAAGUUAUAAAAAAUCGAGAAGCUUUGAUCGAUUGA